GCCAGAAGUUGGGUAUCGUAUGUGGAUGAAUGCUGUGGCAGUCGUCUUCAGUAUGUGAUCAAAAUGGAUGACGAUGUUUUGAUGGAUAAUGAAGCUGUGAUGCGAUUGCUGAAAAAAUUCCCGUCGGGAAAGAAUUCGAUCCUGUGUCGAACAUUCACCAGUAACGUUGUGACUCGUCAUCCAAAAUCCAAAUGGUACCUCUCGUAUAAGGAGUACGCCGGUAAAACACUCAGUAUGUACUGCCAAGGAAUGGCAUAUAUUCUCAGUGGUGAUCUUAUACCUCAAAUGCAUUCGAAUAUUCAAAAAGUUCAAUAUUUAUGGGUGAGUUAA